UGUCUGCUCAAGCAGCGCCAGUUUUCAGGCAUGCGUGCUUCUGAUCCAAGUAGAGAAGGCGGAUGCGCUGAAAAGCGUGAUACGCUGAGUGUGUCGGGUCUUGUCUUCCUCUUGAACACCCGUUUGCUUCGUGGGAACCGUUGGCCUUGGGAUGUGCGCUUCACAGGCAAGUGUCGACUACUGCUGUUGUAUACUCCUUGCACCAAUGUUAAUGCCAUGCUACCACUGCAAACAUUUUAUCCCCUUCCACCAUUGACACCCAAUGAAUUGGGUUUACUUGUCGCCAGUCACCUUUCCCGGAACCCUCACAUGCUCCUUCCGGUUCUGCUUAGUCUGUUCAACUCACACCGGCGACCAACCUCAGAUACCACCCUGCCAAACAUCGAAACGGAAGCACGCGACACCAGUGACGAGGCCUGCAACAGCAUCACAAAUGGCAGCAACGUCAACGCUUCCACCAUUACCAGAACGAUGGAGAAUGGUGACGUGACGGACCACUCCGCCUGCUAG